AACUAACACUAAUUUCCCUUCUUCCUCCUUUUCCCCUUGUGUCCAGGACAAAGUCUGAGAUGGAUGUUACAUGAAUCAUUUAAGGACUGCACACAACUAUGACCAUUUCUGAAGUCCUUUUCUCAGUAAAAUAGAUCAAGAUGGAUGAAUCUGCCUUGUUGGAUCUUUUGGAGUGUCCCGUGUGUCUAGAACGCCUCGAUGCCUCUGCAAAGGUCUUGCCUUGCCAGCACACGUUUUGCAAACGAUGUUUGCUGGGGAUUGUAGGCUCGCGGAACGAACUCAGAUGCCCGGAGUGCAGGACUCUGGUCGGCUCAGGUGUGGAGGAGCUUCCCAGUAACAUCCUGCUCGUCAGACUUCUUGAUGGCAUCAAGCAGAGGCCCUGGAAACCGGGCCCUGGUGGGGGCAGUGGGACCAACUGCACAAAUGCGUUAAGGGCUCAGGGCAGCACUGUGGCUAAUUGUAGUGCAAAAGAUCUGCAGAGCUCCCAGGGUGGACAGCAGCCUCGGGUGCAAGCCUGGAGCCCCCCAGUGAGGGGUGUACCUCAAUUACCAUGUGCCAAAGCGUUAUACAACUAUGAAGGAAAAGAGCCUGGAGACCUUAAAUUCAACAAAGGUGACAUCAUCAUUUUACGACGACAAGUGGAUGAAAAUUGGUACCAUGGGGAAGUCAAUGGAAUCCAUGGCUUUUUCCCCACCAAUUUUGUGCAGAUUAUUAAACCAUUACCUCAGCCCCCACCUCAGUGCAAAGCACUUUAUGACUUCGAAGUGAAAGACAAGGAAGCAGACAAAGAUUGCCUUCCAUUUGCAAAGGAUGAUGUUCUGACUGUGAUCCGCAGAGUGGAUGAAAACUGGGCAGAAGGAAUGCUGGCCGACAAAAUAGGCAUAUUUCCAAUUUCAUAUGUUGAGUUUAACUCCGCCGCCAAGCAGCUGAUAGAAUGGGAUAAGCCUCCCGGGCCGGGAGUGGAUGCUGGAGAGUGUGCCUCUGCGGCAGCCCAGAGCAGCUCUGCCCCAAAGCACUCCGACACCAAGAAGAACACCAAAAAGCGGCACUCCUUCACUUCGCUCACCAUGGCCAACAAGUCCUCCCACGCCUCCCAGAACCGCCACUCCAUGGAGAUCAGCCCGCCCGUCCUCAUCAGCUCCAGCAACCCCACGGCCGCCGCCCGCAUCAGUGAGCUGUCCGGGCUGUCUUGCAGCGCUCCUUCUCAGGUUCACAUAAGUACCACCGGUCUCAUCGUGACUCCACCCCCAAGCAGCCCAGUGACAACAGGCCCCAUGUUCACCUUCCCGUCAGACGUUCCCUACCAAGCUGCCCUUGGAACUAUGAAUCCUCCUCUCCCCCCACCUCCUCUCCUGGCUGCCACUGUCCUCACCUCCACACCGCCAGGCGCUACCGCCGCCACCGCCGCUGCCGCCACUGCUGCUACUGGAAUGGGACCGAGGCCCAUGGCGGGAUCCGCUGACCAGAUUGCACAUUUACGGCCUCAGGCUCGCCCGAGUGUGUGUGUUGCUGUCUAUCCAUAUACUCCCCGGAAAGAGGACGAACUGGAGCUGAGGAAGGGGGAGAUGUUCUUAGUGUUUGAGCGUUGCCAGGAUGGCUGGUUCAAAGGGACGUCGAUGCAUACCAGCAAGAUUGGGGUUUUCCCUGGCAAUUAUGUAGCUCCAGUCACAAGAGCGGUGACAAAUGCUUCCCAAGCUAAAGUCUCUAUGUCUACUGCGGGUCAGACAAACCGGGGGGUGACCAUGGUCAGUCCUUCUACUGCCGGAGGCCCUGCCCAGAAGCUCCAGGGAAAUGGUGUGUCCGGCAGUCCCAGUGUUGUCCCCACGGCCGUGGUGUCAGCAGCUCACAUCCAGACAAGUCCUCAGGCAAAGGUCCUGUUGCACAUGACAGGGCAAAUGACAGUCAACCAGGCCCGCAAUGCAGUAAGGACAGUUGCGGCACAUAACCAAGAACGCCCUACGGCAGCAGUGACACCCAUCCAGGUGCAGAACGCCGCCUGCCUCGGCCCCGCAUCCGUGGGGCUGCCUCACCACUCGCUGGCCUCCCCUCAGCCUCUGCCGCCAGUGGCAGGCUCUGCUGCCCACGUCGCUGCUGUCAGUAUCAGUCGAGCCAGUGCCGCCCUGGCCUGUGCGCCCGCUGCUUCUCUGACCUCCACGAGCAUCGCCGCUGCCUCUCUGGAGAGCGAGCCCAGUGCUCGGAUGGUGACCGGUCUCCCCACAUCUCCCGACAGUGUGUCAUCAGCCUGUGGGAGCAGUGCAGGAAGCAAACCAGACAAGGACAGUAAGAAAGAAAGAAAAGGUUUGUUGAAAUUGCUUUCUGGUGCCUCUACCAAACGGAAGCCCCGAGUGUCACCUCCAGCAUCCCCCACCUCGGAAGUGGAGCUGGGGGGCAGCGAGCUGCCUCUGCAGGGCGCGGUGGGUCCCGAGCUGCCGCUAGGGGGCGCCCACGGCAGGGCCGGCUCCUGCCCCCUGGACGCGGAGGGCCCUGUCCCCGCGGCUGCAGGGGCCGCGCUGGCCCAGGAAGCUUUCCACAGGAAGACCAGCUCCCUGGACUCCGCGGUGCCCAUCGCGCCCCCUCCUCGGCAGGCGUGCUCCUCGCUCGGUCCUGUCCUCAAUGAGUCUCGGCCUGUGGUGUGCGAAAGGCACAGGGUUGUGGUUUCCUAUCCUCCUCAGAGUGAGGCAGAACUUGAACUGAAAGAAGGAGAUAUUGUGUUUGUUCAUAAAAAACGAGAAGACGGCUGGUUCAAAGGCACAUUGCAACGUAACGGGAAAACUGGCCUCUUCCCAGGAAGCUUUGUGGAGAACAUCUGAAAAGAAUAUCACUGAGAAGGCUUCAAAUCAUGUCACACGACGAAAUAGCACAAAGUGAUGUCAUGGCAAGAGCCCAUCUGUGGACUUGCAGGCGGUCAGGAGCUGACCGAGGGUGCCAUGUGGCUCCGGAGCACCUAGCACAGCUGUCCCAACGAGUAGAAGGCGGGGGGAUCUGUGUGGCUUUUGUCGCCCUGGAUUCCAUGUGUAAGGUGUGCCUUGUACUGUCUGAUAUACUACACAGAAAAAUCUUUUUUUUUUUAAAGAUGUAUAACUAAAAUGGACAAUUGUUUACAAGGGUUAACUAAUUUAUUUGCUUUUUUAAACUUGAACUUUUCUUGUAAUAGAUAAAUGCUUUGGAUUAUGAUUUAAGAAAUUAUUAAUUUAUGAAUGAUUGCUAAGGAGAGGCUGGAUUAUCUCCUAUUGAGAACGAGAUUCUUUUUGACAUAGAAUGCGUCUUCCCUACCCUACCCCCUAUUCCCCACUGUUCUAAUUUGCUUUUUGACGAUAGAAAUGCCAGUUCCUAAUUUGGGUUUCCUGUGCAGGAAGCAGACGUACAACCUUAUCUGUAGGGCCUGGUGUAGGGAGGCAGAAACUUGAGAGAAGAAAGGUUAGUGAUUUCCAGGUUAGUUUGACCAGGAAUCGACCUGAAGACCUAGCCCUCAGCUUACUUUGUGGAUAUUUUUUUCUUUUAAUUUUCCUACACUGAAAUUUGUGAAGU